AAAAAAAUAGUUAAUUGGUUUGAUCAGUGAAGGUCUGGCUUUAUCUUGAUCGAUUGGUCUCUUGUUUCUGUGCGUUUUGAUUCCUUUUUCUUUGAUUAGUUUGGGAAAUUUGAGUUCUUUUAGUGGGGCUAUUUGAGUUUUGAGGGAGUUGUGAAGCGUUUUGGAGAUUUCUUGCUUUGUUUGUCUGAAUUUUGUUUAAAUUUUGGGGUUUUUGGAAAGGGAGUGGAUUUGGGGAUGUUGUCUGCUUUCUUGAUCUAAAGUUGGUAGCUUUAGGGAUUUUCUUGCCUUUUUUGUUUUAAUUUGGUUUUUUUUUUUCAUGUGGAUGUGAGUGUUUUGUUUCGUCUUGGAUUUUGAUGAAGUUCAAGGUCAGCAUCUGAGGAUUCGGUGUCGGUUUUGUGUUGUUAGAUUUUUUUUUUUUGUUGAUAUAAUUUGGUGAUUUUGCGGAGAAUUUAUUGAUUAUGAGCUUGGAUCGGAGAAGAACAUGUUGAUCAAUGUGUGGUUUGGUAUUUAGGUUGAGAAAUGGAGGUUCAAGAUCGAAAUGGGCAAGAAAUGAAGGGACUUGAAUGCAUUGAGGUCUGAUUCAAAGCUCUAGAGUUGUUUGUGAAGAUGACAAUGGCUUCAAAGAAGAGUCUUUUCAGUGCAUUCGCCCUCGCACGUACUGCUCCUGCCAUUAUUGUCAUGGUUGGAGCUUUUGGUCUGAUGCUCUUCGUUUUAUCUCAGCUUUUGAUUUCUUCUCCUGUGUAUCAAUGGCGGAAGCCUGCGAAUGAGCCUUUGAAGGAUAUUAAAGAAGAUAUAUUCAUUAAGCAGAGUACUUCUGGUUCCAAGGAGUGGAAUGCAUCCAGACAAGUUCAAAUAUUGUCUUCGGAUCUAGGGCAAGAUGAGGUUACUGUAAAACCUAUUUCUUCAAAGGAGAUGCAAGAAAAGGGUGAUUCAAAGAGCUCAGUGUCUUCUAAUGAGAUCCAACAACAGAGCAAGGAGCGGAGUUCUAUGCCUUCUAAUGAGAUUCAAGAACAGAUCAAGGAAAACAGGUCUACUUCUUCUAAUGAGAUGCAAGAGCCAAGAAAGGAAAAGAGUUCUAUGUUUUCUGGGAGUUCUGUCAUUUCAAAUGAUACUGAUGAGAACUUGGCAGCUUCUUCAAAUCUAACAUUGAACCUUUCUCCUGUGGGUGACAUUCAGAAGGUUGAUUCAGGGAGUUGUGACUUAUUAAAGGGAAAAUGGAUCUAUCAUCCUGCUGGACCAUUAUAUACAAACAACACAUGCAUGUUCAUUACGCAGAUGCAGAAUUGUCAGGGGAAUGGGAGACCUGAUAAAGAGUACGAGAACUGGAGAUGGAAGCCGGACGAUUGUGACCUUCCCUUAUUUGAUGGCCGGAAAUUUUUGGAGUUGAUGAGGGAUAAAACAGUGGCCUUCGUUGGGGAUUCAGUUGCUCGAAAUCAGUUUGAAUCAAUGCUGUGCAUUCUAUCACAGGUUGAAACUCCCCGGAACCGUGGCAACAGAUUGAUGCAGCGAUGGCACUUCAAGUCCACCAACACCUUUCUCUGUCGAAUAUGGUCCUCAUGGCUCGUCCACCAAUCAUCAGAGCCUCUCCAAUUAGCUCCAAAGGAAGUGGUCAAGAUUCACCUAGACAUCCCUGACGAGACCUUCAUGAACCAUCUCCCAAAGUUUGACGUUGUCAUCCUCUCCUCCGGCCACUGGUUCGCAAAACAAUCUGCCUAUGUUCUCAACGGUAACAUCGUCGGAGGACAGCUCUGGUGGCCUAAAGGAGCCGGCAAGAUGCAAAUCAACAACAUCAAAGCCUUUGGCAUUUCAGUGGAAACAACCCUCACUGCCAUAGCAGCACACCCUAACUACACCGGUUUAGUUAUCGUUCGCUCAUUUUCACCGGAUCAUUACGAAGGUGGUGCUUGGAAUACAGGAGGAUCAUGCACCGGAAAGACCGGACCGGCUGAUAAGUUCGAAAGGAAUGGUUUCACCGAUAUAAUGCACGAAAAACAGGUGGCUGGAUUCAGGAAUGCAGUCAAGAAAGCAAGGCCGGGUUCGAAGUUGAGACUGAUGGACAUCACCGAGGCUUUCAGUUACCGUCACGACGGCCACCCGGGACCUUACCGGAGCCCUGACCCAAACAAGAUAACGAAGCGGGGACCAAACGGCGAGCCCCCACCGCAGGACUGUCUGCAUUGGUGCAUGCCAGGGCCUGUUGAUACAUGGAAUGAAAUCCUGGUGGAGAUGAUCAGGAGAGAAUUUGAAGCUCCAUGAAUGCUUCCCAGAUGUUCAAAUUCCACAACAUUGUUGUUUUACUAUCAACGGUUCAUAGUUUGAAGAUGAAUGUAAGUAGAUAUUGAGAUUUUAUUGUAUUUUUUUGUAGUUUUUUUUU